CCGCCCGCUCGAUUUCGCGAUCCACGAACGACGGUAGCCACCACUUCCACCUCCACCUCCUCCUCCACCUCCGCUUCUUUUCUCUUUACCUUGCUCACGUUCUUGCCCUCUACCCCUGCAUUCUUCCUCUCGCUCUCUCUCUUUCCCUCUCUCCUUGUCUCUCUCUCACUCUCUCACUCACUCUCACUCUCUCGCAACAUCAUUUUAUUUCUCUCUUUAUCGAUAUCUAUCCAUUCGUUCCUUCUCCUCCCUAUCUUCAUCUUUCUCGGUACUUUACGUCAUCCUAUUCUCUUUCUUUCUCUCCUUUUAUUCCCCUUUUCCACCCUUACGCUUUCAAUUGGUCUCCAAGGUAUACACGUACGAGCACGCACAUAGAUGCGAUCGCGUAUCGGUUUCUCUCCCCGUUUCUCUUGCUCUUUUCUCCAUUUUCCUCUGUCGAGCGAGCUUUCGCUAGCUCCGUACGUACGAACGUAAGUACGUACGGUGGAGUGUCGUGCACGCGUCCCGAGUGGAUGCAAGGCGUCGUCGCGAGGCACACGUCUCGCAGCUAAGUUGUCGCGUGAUCGUAAAAAAGAAAAAAAUUCUCGAUCUAUCUAUCGAUGGUGGAUCGAAUUUUUUCCCGACGAAUCGUUCCUCCGUUUCGAGAGUCGCGUUGCCGUCCCGUGCCGCGCCGCGUCGUGUCGAUCGGUCUUCUUCAACGGUUUCGUGUCAUCUUCGCGAAUAAAUCGGGACGCGCAAAGUGAAUUCAGGCUCUGUAGUGGCAUCGAUUGAUCAAUCCUCGAUACGGUGCGGCUUGAUCGACAUCGUAAUCUUCGUCCCAGGAAGCAGACCUGUGUUCUCCUGCCGUUUUUUUCCAAAACAGUGGAAACAGUUUUUCAAAGUUGCGAAUCGUGCCUGGUCCAUCUUCCGACGAUGAUGCGACAGUGAUAAUACAUAGCGAUAAUCGAUGAAUUUGCGCCAGAUCCGUUACGAGUGAGCUCUGUUGACCGAUCGCGGAUGGAUCACGAGUCUUGGGGACAUUUGAAACCGUACAAGUGCAAUCAGUGCGCGACAUUCCGUGAAUAUAUAACUGCAAUUUCGAAACUGCAACAUAUUCUCCUCAUAUACGAUAAUAAAUAGUUGCGUUCUUCUUGCGUGAUCAGUAUAUAGUGUAUACGGGCACCGAUGUAGGUGCGAAACGAGGUUUUGUAGAAACGAGAAUCGAUAAGUCAACAGGGAAAUGGCAGCGAUCGUUGAAACGCCGAACCCGACCACCAAACGAUCUAUCGAAAUCGCGAUGAGGUAGUGCUCAACGCGCGUGUGGGUGACUGUAGUGCAUAUAUAAGGGGAAACUUUGAACAGUUUCCCGCGGAAGAUCUACACCGGAUCUUCGGGCGAAAUUUCAACACACGACCGUCACAUGUUUGGGAUCCGAUCGACUACGUUUAACGAGCCAAGACCUGGAGGCCACAGAGAGAAUCGAACAUCUCCGAAGGACGCAGAUGCCCCGAAGGAAACAGCACGCUCCACAACGUAUGAAAUGGGAGGACGGAGUCGAAGGCUCAGGGCCCGGCGCGGACCUCCAGGGGGAGGAAGGCGGCGAUUGCGCGGAGGAUGACGGCCCAAUUAGUCCUAGCGAGAGAGGUUGCGCAACGGUGGCCAAGGAGGAGGAAGAUGGGGACGCGACCGACGAGGAGGACGACGAGGACGGAUCGCCGCCCGCCCCAUCGCCUUCCGCGACAGCGAGACUGAACCCCGCCAUUCUGAGGGACAGUGGACCGCCGGACAGAGAGGCGAUGAGUCCACGCUGCCCCUCUCGAGACUCACGGGAAUCGUCCGGGCCGGCGAGCGGCAGCCCCCCGCCGCCAGCGACGAGGAGCACCGCGAGCCCCGUCAGCCCCGGCGGGAUCGUGCCGCUGCCGCUCGGCGCCCAUCCACUUCUGCCGCCGCACUCCGCGGCCGUGAUGGCGGCCUACCUGCAGCAGACCCACCACAGACUGCUGCUCGGCCACUCGCCGCUCUCGCGCGGCUCCGUGUCGCCCCUGGUCUCCUCCUCGUGCUCGCCGCCGGCCGCCACCCCCGGCCUCCUCGUGUCGCCGGCCAGCGUCGGCGAGGUGUCGCCCACGGCCACCCCGCUCCCGGCCGUGCUCGACUUCAGCACGAGGAAGGCGUCGUCGACCGAGGACGACGACGACGAGCAGAUACUCAACCUCAGCAAGCCGCCCACCCCGUCCUCCGCCUCCGCCGAGGCCAACAACGGGCCCCUCGACCUCUCCGUGCCCGGCAGGAAGCGCCCCGGCCCCGAGGACUCGCCCCCCCUCCUGCCCGCGCGCAAGUCCUCCCGGCUCGCGGCCAGCACCGCGGCCGCGGCGGCGGCGGCGGCGGCGGCCGCCGCGGCCCACCAGGAGGCGGCCCAGGCGGUGUCCGCCGCGGCGGGCUUCGGCCGCCCGCCCGUCGUCUCGCCGUGGACGUCGCCCGUCGUCGCGUCCCACUUCCCCUACUUCGCGGCGGCGGCCGUGGUCGCGGCCGCGGCCACUAGUCAGCAGCAGGCCCUCUCGCCCAAGAGCGGCACCGCGGGCGUGGUCGACCAGCAGCAGCAGCAGCAGCAACACCAACAGCAACACCAACAACAGCAGCAUCAGCAGCAGCAGCAUCCGCACCACCACCACCAGCACCAUCACCACCACCACCACCAGCAGCUGUGGAACGGGAAGAUGAAGCCGCCGUCCGCGCUGGACAAGUCGUACCAGCCGAGCGAGGCGACCAAAGCGUUGGAGAAGAUGAGCGAGUUGAGCAAGCUGGGCGGCGAGGACCUGUUCCGGUCGGGGGCCGGCGGGGCGGGGGGAGGCGCGGGGGGCGCGGUGGCGGCGGCAGCGGCGGCGGCAGCGGCCGCGGCGGCGGCCGUCGCGGGGAACGCGAGCGGGCCCGGGUCCACGUCCGGGAGCAGGCACAGCGCGUGGCAGUCGCACUGGCUGAACAAGGGCGCCGACCAGGCCAAGGACGUGCUCAAGUGCGUGUGGUGCAAGCAGAGCUUCCCGACCCUGGCCGCCAUGACCACGCACAUGAAGGAGGCCAAGCACUGCGGCGUCAACAUGCCCGUGCCGCCGGCCGCCCCCUCGCUGCACCCGCAGCCGCCGAGCAUCGCCGCGCCGCAGCCCCCGCAGGCCGCCUCCUCGGCCAACAGCGGCGGCGCCGGGGGGCCGGCGGGCGCAGGGGGCGGCACCGCGACGCCGAGCAGCAAGCAGAGCCCGUCCGAGUUGAACCUGUUGAUCAAGGAGACGAUGCCGUUGCCGAGGAAGCUGGUCCGCGGCCAGGACGUCUGGCUGGGCAAGGGGGCCGAGCAGACGAGGCAGAUACUCAAGUGCAUGUGGUGCGGCCAGAGCUUCCGCUCCCUCGCCGAGAUGACCUCGCACAUGCAGCAGACCCAGCACUACACCAACAUCAUCUCGCAGGAGCAGAUCAUCUCGUGGAAGUCGUCGGACGAGAGCAAGGGGGGCAGCGGGGCGGGCGGCGCGGGCGCAGGCGGGGGAGGGGGCGGCGGAGGCGGAGGAGGCGGCGGCGGCGGCGCGGGCGCCAGCGGGCCGGUGGCGGGCGCCGCGGGGGGCGGCGGCGGGUCGGUGGGCGGCGGGGUGGGGUCGGGGCCGCACGGGGGGAGCGCGAGCGGGCCCGGGUCGGGCGCGACCAGCAGCCACGUGAGCGCGGUGCUGACGUGCAAGGUGUGCGACCAGGCGUUCAGCUCGUUGAAGGAGUUGAGCAACCACAUGGUGAAGAACUCGCACUACAAGGAGCACAUCAUGCGCUCGAUAACGGAGAGCGGGGGGCGGAGGAGGCAGACGAGGGAGAAGCGCAAGAAGUCGCUGCCGGUGAGGAAGCUGUUGGAGCUGGAGAGGGCGCAGAACGAGUUCAAGAACGGGGACGCGGCCGCAGGCCUCGGCCACAACCUGGGCAAGCACGCGGGCCGGAUCACGUGCGAGAAGUGCGGCGAGAAGAUCGAGACCACCAUCUUCGUCGACCACAUACGCCAGUGCAUCGGGGCGGGGACGGUGGGCGCGAGCCAGCGCAACUUCCUCAAGAACGCGCUCAUGUCCAACCAUCUGUCGGCCGCGCUGCCGCCCGCCGAAACGGGGCGCAAGAGCGUGACCGAGGACGGCUCCUCGGUCUCCUCGAGACACCACCGGUCGCCCUCGUCGGCCAGCGACGCCACCACCCCCGGCAAGGACACGCCGACCCCGGCCGCGAGCGAGGCGACCGGCACCUCGUCCCCCUCCGUGUUGAACGCCAUCGAGAAGCUGAUCGAGAAGAGUUUCGACUCGAGGGUGAGACACGGGACGCCCGGCCUCCACCACGCCCAACCCGGCGCCCCAAUGGGCACCAGUAUAUUGAAACGGCUGGGGAUCGACGAGAGCGUCGACUACACGAAACCGUUGGUCGACCCGCAAACCAUGAACCUGCUCCGCUCGUAUCAGCAGCAGCAGCAGCAGCAUCAGCAACAACACCAACAGCAACAGCAGCACUACGCGACGAGCACGGCGGCGCGGCGGGAACGAAGCGGGAGCGAGUCGAGCUCCGUGUCGGAGCGGGGCAGCGGGGGCGGUAGAACCGACUCGAUGACGCCCGAGAGACGCGUGGACCUGUCCUCGGUGGGCCACUCGGACGCCAGGCAUUCCCAUCACCACCGGCUCACGCCCGACAAGCAACUCGUCCCCUCGACCACCCGCCACCACCCGCCCGCCGAGGAAUCCGGGGACGAGGAGUCCUCGACGACCGCGGCCGCGGCCGCCUCCGCCCCCGCGGCGGGCGGCGGCGCGGCUGCCUCCAACGUGGUCGUGGUGAAGAAGGAGCCUCGCGACGAGGAGUCGGAGGAGCGCGCGGCGAACGAGGAGGAGCAACGAGAGGUGUUCGUGAAGAAGGAGAUAGUGGAGGACUGCAGGGAGGAGGAGGAGGCGGCGGCGGGCUCGUUCCACCAUCGGCGAGGCAGCCUGCACGAGGGAUCGGAGGAGGGCAGAGAGGUGUUGUCGCCGCGGAUGAAUCCACCGACGCCGAGGUCGAGCGGGCAGCCGGAACAGUUGACGCGCAGCCCCUGCAGGAACAGCACGAGCAGCCCGACGAGCAGCGACCGGUCCGUCACUCCGCGAGGGACGCCCGACACGAAGGGGUCGAGCAGCCUGGGCGCCCUCUCCUCCAUGUUCGACAGCCUGUCAGGGGGCGCAGGGGGCGGGGGCGGGGGCGGCGGGAGCGGCGGCGGCGGCGGCGGCGGCUCGAGCAACGCGGUCGACUCUCAGGGACGCAAGGCGAGCAGCCAUCCUCUGGCCGCGCUGCAGAAGCUGUGCGACAAGACGGAGACGAGAGGGCCGAGCGGCAGCGCGGCCCGGUCGGGCGGCGGCCCUGGGACCGCGGCCGGCCUCGGCGGCGCGGCCGCGAGCGGCGGCGUGGGCGCGGCCGGCCCCGGUUCCGGGACGGCCCCGGGGGCGAUCCUGGCGUUCAGCUGGGCCUGCAACGACGCCGUCGUCACCGCCGACUCCAUCAUGAAAUGCGCCUUCUGCGACACGCCCUUCAUCUCCAAGGGGGCGUACAGGCACCACCUGUCGAAGAUGCACUUCGUCAAGGACGGCGUCAUCCCCGACCCCCUCACCAUCGGUCGGUCGGCGGCGGCCGCGGCGGCGGCGGCUGCGGCUGCCGCGGCCGCGGCGGCCGCGGUCUCUCAGACCACCGGCACCGGGCCCCCACCGCCAUCCGGCCACGCUUCUUCCUCGCCCCCGACAUCCCAGCGCAACAAGUCGCCGCCGCUUCCGCAGGCGAACGGCAGCCCGUCUCAGUCAGCGGCCUCUCCCCUCGAGGAGAGCCCGCACUCCAAAUUUCUCAAGUAUACGGAGCUGGCCAAGCAGUUGUCCAGCAAGUACGUAUAGUCCGAGCCCCGUAAGUAGCGGUGCCACUUGUACAUAACGUGUAUCUAUAAUGUAACGACUGUAAUUAGCGACGCGAUUUUGGUCACCUUUUCACCUCCUCCUCCUCCUCCUCCUCCUCCUCUCCCUCCACCAACUUAUCCUUUCGGUCGCGAUUCCGUUAUCCGCCUCUCCCCGCUUCCCACCCUCCCUCUCUCUCUCUCUCUUUCUCGUCACCCCUCGCAACCCCUCCCCCCUGCCCCGAUCGCCCUUUCCACCUGGCGAUAAGCGAGUCGCGCAGCGAAAACCGGAAAGCGGAGGAGGUGGAUAUCGAACGUGCGUUGAUUUUCAUUGUGAUGCCACCAUAUCUCGCGGCACUGCUGAGUCAAGGGGCUCGGCCGGCGGCCAAGUUUGUGAUUUUAUAAAUACUUAAGGACAUUUACGAUUGAGAGAGAGAGAGGGAGUGAGAGAGAGGGAGAAAAUGCGUUCGAGCGAGUGCGAGAGAGAGAGAGAGCGUGAACGAGAGAGAGAGAGAGAGCGGGGAUGAAUUUUCUAAGGUGUAGAACAGGAACAGGCUUACCUAUCGCACAGCUGUCGUAAGGUCAGAUCAGCAUGUAUACCUUUAGAACGUAAGAGCGUAGUUGAUUAGCGCAUAGGCUAGGCUAGGGUCCGCCCUUGUAUAGGAACCUCUUUGUUGAUACUUAGAGAGCUGCGAAACCGGUGAGAUCGUUUCGGGAUCGAACUUGUCGUCGAAACUCUGCUACGAGGGUUCGGAACGAGCCGAGAACGGGAACGGGUACGGCGUGAGAAAAGAAAUAAUGAUGGAGCAUUAACGGAGCAUGAUCGAGAAGCAACGAGAUACGGUGCAAUAGCGAGGCUCGCGAUUAUACUCGACGGACACACGUGCGCGACGCGGCCUCCUCGAAAUCGUUAUCGUUUUCCUUCGCUCGUAGCGCACGAGUAUAGACCAUUGUAAAUUUUCUUUGUUCAAAUAAUAUUUAUUGCGCCGUGCGAGUCAACGCGACGUUUUAAGUGUAAAAUAUUGUCAUUAACUAUCGCUCGGAUUAUCGCGAUAUACCGUGUAUAUUGAUUACGAUUACGAUUAUUCUCUAUACGAUUACGAAGAAAACGGGAAUGGAAAACGCAGCGGCAGAGAGAGGGAGAGAGAGAGAGAGAUAUUGGAUAAGGGGGCUCCCUGCGCCAGGAAUCCCAUCGUCUCUCGGCUAACGUGCGUGCUUCUCUGCUUGGGCCGAAUAUUCGAAAGGAGGGGAAGAAGAAGGGGGGCGAGACUGAAAGAAAGCUUGGUGCAAGCACGAUCGGCCGCGCGUCAACGCGAGAACGCGAGAAGGAAGGCUGGUGGCUCGCGAGCGAGAAAGGAAAAGCGAGGCGACGAUUGCGCGCCCGUUUCGAGGACGAGUAAGCGCGGUUUUGGAGCGGAACACACUUGUAUACGUAUUUCUUGUAAACUCUAAUUCUUCCAUCGCGGACUUUAAAAAGUAUUUAUCGAUAUAACGAUAAUAUUAAUAUUAUUAUUGUAAUUAUAUACGACUGCUGAGAGUGUGGCGGGGGGAUACGAGAGAAUCCGCGCGAUUGCGAUACACGGCGCAUGCGCGUGAACCAGCGCGCGGCGCUUGCGCACUCGCGGAUACGAGAUACGAGAAACGAGAAAUAGCCAACCGUGCGAAAAAUACGCUCGAAAAGUACCUACCUACUUACAAAUGCGCAACCACAAAGAUAUGCAUCAUGUAUACGCGAUUCUUGAAACCAUUUUACCAGAUUUGUCAUUAUUUAAUUAUUUCGGUUGUAUUUUAAAAUGCAAUUAAAGCUCAAAUAAAUAUAUAUGUUAUAAAGUAAA